GAAAGUAGCAACAUAAACAAAACUGCAAAACACAAAACAACAAUGAGGAGAAAAAUGCUAAUUUAUCGAUACUGAAUUAUUCGUCUAAAAACGGAGUUCUAAAUCAAAUCUAUGUAUAAAAUCAUGCGUCAGGAACAUCAGUCGGUUAACAGAUAAUUUAUCGGUAGAUUAUAAAUGAUGGAUCGUGAAGAUGAGGAUGAUUUUUCAUCCAAGUACCACAAAAAACGUAACUCCAAAGUUCCUAGAUUCAGGUGUUUGGUUUGCCAAGAUUCUCAGUGUUUUGAUGAUAUCGAAACCGAAGUUCAAUAUUGUCGAAAUGCGAUAAAGUGUUGGAAAAUUACCAAGAAAGAUGCCGAUGGCCAAGUCAGUUACAGAAGAGGUUGCGAAGACAGUCCUGAGCGGCUUCAGAUUUGUGUAACAUCUCAUCUCACAAGAUUCGCUGCACCUACUGGUCAAUACGCAGCUGAAUGUUGUACCGGUGAACUUUGUAAUAAUGGAUCGUUUCCAACUUUGCCUAACCUAUCUAAGGAAAAUGAAUCAACUGCCGUCCAUGAUGAUCACUACUUGACAAAAUUAGCGUUCGCCAUACUUGGUCCCAUUCUUAUCUUGGGUGUUUUGGCCAUCAUUCUGCUUUAUGCGAGACGAAAGCACAGAAAGAGGAUAUUAGCGGCGAGGUCCAUGUCAUUUGAUUUAGAAGAAGCUUAUUCGGGUGAUCCGGUCAUGAGAACUACAGCCACCGUCGGUGACAGCACGCUAAAAGAGUAUUUGGAGCAAUCGAUCACAUCAGGAUCUGGAUUUGGUUUACCUCUUUUGAUGCAAAGAACACUAGCCAAACAAAUCUUAUUGAAAGAUCAAAUUGGUAAAGGCAAAUAUGGAGAAGUAUGGCGAGGUCUGAUCAACAACACCGAAGUAGCUGUGAAAAUAUUCCUGUCAAAAGAUGAAGCUUCGUGGACUCGGGAAACUGAAAUUUACAGUACUGUUCUGGCCAAACAUCCGAAUAUUCUCUAUUUCAUCGGUUCGGAUAUGACUUCGUGUAAUUCAACGACGCAGUUAUGGCUUGUUACCGACUAUCAUGCUCUGGGAUCUCUAUACGAUUAUUUGGUUCGUCGUUCGCUAAAUUACAAUCAAAUGUACAAGAUUAUGUACAGCGUGGUAAAGGGAAUCAAUCAUUUGCACGAAGAGCUAUACGGAGAUCAAGAUAAACCGCAAAUCGCCCACCGUGACAUCAAAAGUAAAAAUAUACUUAUGAAGGCAGACGGCGAAUGUGUAAUAGCUGAUUUUGGGUUAGCGGUGACCUAUUACGAAAAAACGAACAAAAUGACGUUGACGCCCAAUCCUAGAGUAGGAACGAAACGAUAUAUGGCUCCUGAAGUUUUGGAUCAAGUAAUAAACACGAAAUAUUUUGAAUCAUACAAAAGGGCGGAUAUUUACUCGCUUGGUUUGGUAUUUUGGGAAAUUUGUUGGAGAACUACGUCAAACGGGAAAGUAGAUGAAUACAAAUUGCCUUUCUUUGAUUGCCUGGAUCAUGGUGAUCCAUCUUUUGAUGAUAUGAGGAAGAUCGUUUGCGUUGAUCAAAAUCGUCCUGUUAUUCCUAACACAUGGGCUUCUGAUCCGAUAUUAACGUUUAUUACCAAAAUAAUAAAAGAAUGCUGGCAUCAGAAAGCAAGUGUGCGGCCAUCGAGCUUAAGAAUUAAGAAAAAUCUACAAAAAUUAAAUUUGUAAAAUUGAAUACUUAUUUUUUGUACUGUGAUUUUUAAAAUUUUAAUGCCUAUAUUUCAAAUGAAUCGCCUGAGGACAUUAAUUACGUUUUUUAACUUUUUCACUAACGUACUUAUUUGUAGAAUUAUUUUUAGACUGAUUUUUAAUUUAUAUUUUAUGUUGAAUUCGAUAUUGUAUUAUGUAAUUCUUGGCAGCUAAGAAUAAAUAAAGUACUCUUUCAAGUUUUA